CCUUCUCCCCCUGAAACCCCUCCCAGCAGCGGUCAGAGUUGUAGACGACCACACUCUCUAGCCAAACCCUACAUGUGUUUUCGUGUGUCUGCACUUUUUUUAUGUGAUGAAGACAAAAACUUACUGAGUUUUUGUUCCUAAAUGGUUCUCCUGAAGUUUCUGAGCUGAUUUUCUGGACUAAAACAGCAGAAGUUGCAGGACUUGGUUGUGAGAAAUUAUUGGUCAUCAUGUGGCAGCGUUGGACCACCUUCAUCUUAGCAUGGGUUUCCAUGGCAACUCCAACCUUCUGCCAAAGUGGAGACGUUGACUGGGGUUCAGGCUUUGACAUCUUCUCCACCACAAUGAGCACCAACAGCACACUGAACGUUGUUGGUGAUGACCCCAAAAGCAUGAAGGACCGCCAUUCCUCACUGGGAUUUUCACCAUCAUUUUCACCUUUGCUCCAGUUGGACGCUGGAGCAGAUGAGUGCUCUGUUCACUUCAGCACCAAGGCUGCUGCUUUGUCUCGGAGGCUGAAAGCUCAGAAAGAGGAAGUGGCCUAUCUGAAGGCCAUGCAGCAUGGAAACCAGGCGGUGGUGGAGAAUUUAGAGCAGUUUUUGGGGUCAGACCUGGGAGAUCGGCGUUACGAGGACAUGAUCAAAGAAAAUAUUGUUGGGAUCCAGGAAGACCACAAAAGCUGUAUUGAGGUGGUGGAGAAAGCUGAAGAUGAUUUAAAAAAGCAGCUGGAAGGAGAUGGAUUAGAUGUUUUUACUGGGAUGCAGAACAGAAUAAAAGAGGAGUCUUUAGUCUUUGAAGACAUGCUUCGUGCUGCAGCGGACAUCGCCGGCAGGUUGGAGAGGUCAUCACGAGCCCUGAAAUCUUCGUUUACCAGGCACCUGGAAGACAUUGUUAAAAUCCACCAAUAAAAAAGUCAGCUUCAUUUAAAUGUGUUCCGUGACCCUGUUCUAGGUCCAUAACGAGUGAUCAACCUUCAAAUGCUCACGGGUGAGCCAGCAAUGAAAAAUGCACUUUUUUUCCUUUUAGGGACGUCAAAAGCCUGCCGUUUGUUCAAUCUAGAGACAUUUUGGGGGAUUUUCCAGAGGUCAAAAAGGGGCAGCAGCAUGUGAACCAAAUCUUUUUUUUAAUAACUCAACACAAACACCUUUUAGAGAUCAACUAUCAGCCUACUAGUGGAAACAUUUGAAACUGGUUGUAGGGAUUUAAGGGAGUGGCUGGUGGUUAGCAAUAAGGUAUACAACCUGUACAUAAAGCUUUUGUAAAAAAUUUUUUUAUAUUAAUUAAGAAUUAUUGUCUGUAAAACUGUUAAGUCAUUUUAUAUUAAAUUUUUGAUCCCAUAAAGCAUAUUUUCUUAUUAAAUAUGAUUAUUUUACUGUUCCUGUUUGAAUCAAUAAAGAUUUUUGGUAACGAUUCCUUUUACAAUCCCCUAAUUACUAAGUACUUACAGUGUAAUUACAUGGUAAGUUAACGUGUAUUUUUGUGUAAUUAAGUUUAUAAUUGUAAUAAAGUGUAAUUACUGUGUAAAGCAGCAUUUACUGGGAAUGAAUAAUAAAAAUAAAAACUAGAAUUGAACCUGAGUUGCAUGUUAAUAACUAAGAACUCAGAAACGAUAAUACACUUUAACUUACUAUGCAAUUACCAUGUAAGUACUUAGUAAUUAGGAGACUGUAAAAGAAAGCAUUACCAGAUUUUUUUGUAUUAGGUUGUGCUUUGAUGAAUUUGGGGUCAUGUUAUUAUUAUUUUGUUGUUGUUGAGUUUUUCAUGUUUCUGUAUGACUCAGAAGUAAAACGUCCCUAAGCAUUCA